GGCCCCGAGAUCCCAAAGCUGAAGGCUGCGCCCGGGGCCUGACGCCCGGCUGCCGGCUGCGGAGUCAGACCGCGAGCACCGCCCCCGGGGACUGGGUGUUGACGGAGGAACCGCCCGCGGGACCCGGCGCGCCCCUGUCGGCGGGGCUGGGCCGCGCUGGGGUCGCGGAGCCGUGGGCCCGGGGCUCCCGCCGCUGUUUGCCGGAACGAGGGUCGGAGCCCUGCGGCUCGGUCUUCCGAGAGAAGGAGGUGGUGCGGCAGAGGCGGUAACAGAUGGCAGACGCGAGAGAGAAGUCCUGGCAGCCAAGAGGGAACCUAGGAGCAUGCAGUGGACAAAAUGGAGAUUGAAGAUGGCCCUUCAGCUAUGCUAGGUCUAUAAUGGGAAGUGUCACAGUUCGAUAUUUUUGUUAUGGAUGCCUUUUUACAUCUGCAACGUGGACGGUUUUGCUUUUUAUUUAUUUCAACUUCAGUGAAGUGACUCAGCCACUUAAGAAUGUGCCCAUCAAGGGGUCCGGGCCCCAUGGACCAUUCCCCAAAAAAUUCUAUCCCCGUUUCACUCGAGGCCCAAGUCGAGUGUUAGAGUCACAGUUCAAAGUAAACGGAAUUGAUGAUACGAUAGAUAAUCACGUUGAAGAUCCAGAAAAAGGCAACAUGAAAUUCUCUUCCGAGUUGGGUAUGAUUUUUAAUGAACGUGAUCAGGAGUUGAGAGACUUGGGCUAUCAGAAACAUGCCUUCAACAUGCUUAUCAGUAAUCGCUUGGGCUACCACAGAGAUGUGCCGGACACUAGGAAUGCUGCAUGUAAAGACAAGUCUUACCCUGUGGACCUGCCAGUCGCUAGUGUUGUUAUCUGUUUCUACAAUGAAGCCUUGUCUGCCUUGCUCCGUACUGUGCACAGUGUCCUAGACCGCACACCAGCCCAGCUCCUUCAUGAAAUCAUCCUUGUGGACGAUGACAGUGACUUCGAUGAUUUGAAAGGAGAACUAGAGGAAUAUGUCCAAAAAUAUCUCCCUGGAAAAAUUAAAGUAAUAAGAAACACAAAGCGUGAGGGAUUGAUUCGAGGAAGGAUGAUUGGAGCAGCCCACUCUACAGGAGAAGUCCUGGUCUUCCUGGACAGCCACUGUGAAGUAAAUGUGAUGUGGCUGCAGCCCUUGCUGGCUGCCAUCCAGCAGGACCGGCAGACCGUGGUGUGCCCUGUCAUCGAUAUCAUCAGCGCGGACACGCUCGCCUACAGCUCGUCCCCUGUCGUGCGGGGAGGUUUCAACUGGGGGCUUCACUUCAAGUGGGAUCUUGUUCCCCUUUCUGAGCUCGGAGGACCAGAAGGAGCUACUGCACCAAUAAAGUCACCUACAAUGGCCGGAGGAUUGUUCGCCAUGAAUAGACACUAUUUCAAUGAACUUGGACAGUAUGACAGUGGCAUGGAUAUCUGGGGAGGAGAAAAUUUAGAAAUAUCAUUUCGGAUUUGGAUGUGUGGAGGCAAACUCUUCAUCAUCCCUUGCUCUAGAGUCGGACACAUUUUCCGAAAAAGGCGACCGUAUGGUUCUCCUGAAGGCCAGGACACCAUGACCCACAACUCCUUGAGGCUGGCGCAUGUUUGGUUGGAUGAAUACAAGGAGCAGUAUUUUUCCUUAAGACCUGAUCUGAGGACCAAAAGCUAUGGAAAUAUCAGUGAGCGUGUUGAAUUGAGGAAGAAGUUGGGUUGUAAAUCAUUUAAAUGGUAUCUGGAUAAUAUUUACCCAGAGAUGCAGAUAUCUGGGCCCAACGCCAAACCCCAGCAACCCAUUUUUAUCAAUAGAGGGCCCAAACGCCCCAAAGUCCUUCAGCGUGGAAGGCUCUAUCACCUCCAGACCAAUAAGUGUCUGGUGGCCCAGGGCCGUCCAAGUCAGAAAGGAGGCCUGGUGGUGCUUAAAGCAUGUGACUACAGUGACCCAAGUCAGAUUUGGAUUUAUAAUGAAGAGCACGAGUUGGUUUUAAAUAACCUCCUUUGCCUGGAUAUGUCAGAAACUCGCUCGUCAGACCCACCACGACUCAUGAAGUGCCACGGGUCGGGAGGAUCCCAGCAGUGGACCUUCGGGAAGAGUAAUCGGCUGUACCAGGUGUCAGUUGGACAGUGCCUGAGAGUGGUCGAUCCACUGAGUCACAAAGGCUAUGUUGCAAUGGCAAUCUGCGAUGGCUCUUCCUCACAACAGUGGCAUCUGGAAGGUUAAGCAGGCGGCGGUCAACAUGGUAAUUCAUCAGGGUUCACCUCCGCUGUGAGGCUUGAGAAGUUGCUGGUUACAAGAAAAUCCCUGAAAUGAUUUCCUGAUUAAGUAGAACCAUUUUUGAGAGGAUAAGACACAGAUAUACUAGAGACUGGCGCACAGAUGGUCAUCAGAAAGUGAGGGAAUCUGUUUUACCAAGAUAUUAACAUCACUUCUGAGCUGCUAAGGAAUUUCUUGCUGAUGGUGAGAAAUUAGGAUACAAUUUUAACUCUAUAAAGGGUCAGGUUUGCACAGAGGACAAACCCAGGAAAUUGACAUUUAUGUUCAAACUUAUUUAUGCUUUUUAAUCCCUUUAAUAAUGGAAUGGCAUUUGUCUGAUCAGAAACUUGUCAUGAUUUCCUUUUUUUAGAAGGACUUCAUAGGAAACAAAUUUUUUUUUUUACUUAUAUUAUCAUGUCCUAAAUAAUUUUAAACAGACUGAAUCCACAUUACUUUUAACUUCAGAGGACCUCCUUUAUAAGAUUAUAUAUUUAAGAGGCAGUUAACUAUUAUAAAUUAUUUUGAUGAAUUAUGGUACUAUUGACAUUAAAAUAAAGGGUCCUUUUGAUGAUUUA